UCUUAGUCCUUGCUUAGCGAAAUGACUAAUUGCUCUAUUUUAUCAAGAGUUGGUGUGAACAUAUUUCAAGAGAAAGGUGAUCUCAAAGCUUCCUCGUGCUUCUGAAAUUCUUUUGGAGAUAUUACUGUAUCUGAACACAUUUUGUCUUCCAGUUACUUUUGUCCAUCCUAGAAGUAGAAGUCAAAGGAAGGGAUGCCAUCUCCAUGGAUUCCCUCAGCCCCACCCUACCCAGCUUCUGGAAUGUGCCCCAGGGGUGGUGUUACAGACAGAUCCCCAGGAAUGAGACACCUUAUCUUGGGGAGUCUGGAGGCAGUUUGCUUAUUGUCUCAGAGAAGUUGUCUAGUCUUGUGCCUAAUUGGAGGGGGUCAGGGCACCCGCUGGGUUCCCUGACCCCCUACCCCAAGCUGAGAACAACCAUGCUGGCCGACACUUCUAGGCAGGCUUUCUUUCCUUACUGGCCGUGGGAGCAGUUCUGUCUCUCUCAACUGUGUUUUCUUUCAUUCCAGCAUUGUUAAUUGAUACAAGUUGUGUUAGGUAACCAUGGAAAGUCUUAUUAGGUAGCAACUAAGUGGGGUUGUGGCUGCCCUCAGCUGGGUACCAUUAUUGCUCAGGUGGCUGAGCUCACAACAGUAUUGGCAUUACCCCCGUCUCCCUGAAUGUUUUCAUUAAAAUCUCUUUUGUCUCCUGGCCAUCUAAUAUAAGCAUAAUGUACUCUUUUGCGUCACUUAACCUCAAAUAAACUCAUCAAUGGGAAGUUUGUGUGGAGACAUAAGCCAGUGAUUCUUUGCCCCAGAGCCAGCAGCUGGUGCCCUCCUCCUCAACAGCAGCCUGGGACCAGGAGGCACUCCUGCCAAGAAUGUGCCAUGCUGAGGUGCAGGACAAUCUGACGUGAUUGGGACAUUAAUGAUUACAGGUGUUGUAGGCACCUCCUCUUCAGAUUGGCCAGGUGUGGUUAUAGACGUAGCUCUUAGUCUUGGAAUCAAUUGCUCUGUGGGCAGGAUCUGUGCUGGGCAGAGAGGAGAGAAAACAAUUCAGAAAUGGUUUCAGAAUAUAUAAACCUAGCCGGAGAAACCAAAUAUACACACACAGUUAUGAUGCCGUAACUCACAUUAUAAAGCAGAACCUGUAUUUCUGAAGAUGGGUUGCACCUUGAAAGGUGUUUAUUAUUAAAAUAUAUAUUUACUCCAGGGGUACCUGGGUGGCUCAGUCAGUUAAAUGUCCGACUUUGCUCAGGUCAUGAUCUCACAGUUCGUAAGUUCAAGCCCCAUGUCCAGCUCUGCCCUGACAGCUCAGAGCCUGGAGCCUGCUCCAAAUUCUGUAUCUCCCUCUCUCUCUGCCCCUCCCCUGCUUGUGCACUCUUUUUCUCUCUCAAAAAUAAAUAAUAAAACGUUAAAAAAAUUUUUUUAAAUAUAUUUAUUCCUGGAAACAAUAUAUACAUGAAUAUUGGUUUUCCAGAUUUGCCUCCAAAAAGCCCACUUAAAUCUAGUUUUACAUUCCUUCAUUUGCAGUACAAGAUAAUAGACAAUACUGUCGUAUGUGCAGUUUUUGGCUGCAUCCUGCCUUUGUGGGAUCUUGUGUGUGAUAAUGCCUGGAAGGUCCAUAUCGCUAAGUUCUCCUUACUGGUUGGAUUAAUCUUUGGCUACCUAAUAACUGGAUGCAUUGCUGACUGGGUUGGCCGGCGGCCUGUGCUGCUUUUUUCCAUCAUCUUCAUUCUGAUCUUCGGACUAACUGUGGCACUGUCAGUGAAUGUGACAAUGUUCAGCACACUCAGGUUCUUUGAAGGAUUCUGCCUGGCUGGGAUAAUUCUUACCUUGUAUGCAUUACGAAUAGAGCUGUGCCCCCCUGGAAAACGGUUCAUGAUCACGAUGGUGGCGAGCUUCGUGGCCAUGGCGGGGCAGUUCCUCAUGCCCGGGCUGGCCGCCCUGUGCCGGGACUGGCAGGUCCUGCAGGCCCUCAUCAUCUGCCCCUUCCUCCUCAUGCUGCUCUAUUGGUCGAUAUUCCCCGAGUCCCUCCGGUGGCUGAUGGCUACCCAGCAGUUUGAGUCUGCAAAGAAGCUGAUCUUGCACUUCACACAGAAGAACUGCAUGAACCCUGAGAGUGACAUCAAAGGUGUGAUGCCCGAGCUGGAGAAGGAACUCUCCCGGAGGCCCAAGAAGGUCUGCAUCGUGAAAGUGGUGGGAACCCGGAACCUGUGGAAGAACAUCGUGGUCCUGUGUGUGAACUCGCUGACGGGGUACGGGAUCCACCACUGCUUUGCAAGGAGCAUGAUGGGCCACGAGGUGAAGGUGCCGCUCCUCGAGAACUUCUAUGCCGACUACUACACCGUGGCCAGCAUCGCCCUGGCGUCCUGCCUGGCUAUGUGCGUGGUGGUCAGGUUCCUGGGGCGCAGGGGAGGGCUGCUGCUCUUCAUGAUCCUCACCGCCCUGGCCUCGCUCCUGCAGCUUGGGCUGCUCAACUUGAUUGGGAAAUACAGCCAGCAUCCAGACUCAGGUAUGAGUGAUAGUGUCAAGGACAAAUUCUCCAUCACGUUUUCCAUCGUGGGCAUGUUCGCCUCCCACGCGGUGGGAAGCCUCAGCGUGUUCUUCUGUGCAGAGAUCACCCCCACAGUAAUUAGGUGCGGCGGGCUGGGGCUGGUGCUGGCCAGCGCGGGCUUCGGCAUGCUGACGGCGCCCAUCAUCGAUCUGCACAACCAGAAAGGCUACUUCCUGCACCACAUCAUUUUUGCCUGCUGCACGCUCAUCUGCAUCAUCUGCAUCCUCCUGCUGCCUGAGAGCAGGAACCAGAGCCUGCCCGAGAACAUCUCCAAUGGGGAGCACUACACACGGCAGCCGCUCCUGCCGCACAAGAAGGGGGAGCAGCCCCUCCUGCUCACCAACGCCGAGCUCAAGGACUACUCUGGCCUCCACGACGCAGCCACCGCGGGGGAUGGGCUGCCGGAGAAUGCCACGGCCAACGGCAUGAAGUCCAUGUAGCUCUCAGCAUGGCCUUCCCUGAAGGGGGGCGCUGUGGGCUCCAAGGGUUUGGGGCUGUUUGGGCACAGGUUUACAGACCAGGGACCGAACACGUGGCUGGGGGCAGGGAAACCCUAAUUCUCCUGCUGAUGCCACAGAUGAUAAGACUGUCAACUGGUGUGGGGAAACUCUGUCUUUCCAAGACUCUAAGGACCGUGUUUGAAGAAGCAGACUCUUUGGAAAUAACCCUUUGGACUUUCUUUUCUGCCAUGAAAUGUUUGUAUUUAUUUUGGUCAUUUUUACAAGAAGCACUUUAUUCCCUUUUCCUCUGAUCUCGAAACAGAACCACCUCCUUCGGAAGAGGGACACGGCCACCAAGGAGGACGCUGUAGGCAACCAGCACAGCGGUCCUGGAGGUUACACACCAUCCUUGCCCAGCACCCCACAGAGGAGCCAGGGGUCGCUCCCUCUGGGCCCGCUCCCCCCAAGGCCGCCUGCCUGUGUGCAGACUGACCGGUCGUGGAGCAUCUCCAUGACCACAUUGUAGACAGAGUGAAAUGUAAAUGAUUAGGUUUUUGCUAGAGAGUCUGUGUAUGGUUUUUAAAGGGUUUUUGUGUGUGUGUGUUUGUGAGGUAAGAGCUUCUGUUCCAUGUGUUGGGGGAAAGCAGCUCCCAGAUGUCAUUAAAACCAGCUUAGUCUUUCCUUCAGGAUCAUCCUUUCGUACUUGACGCUGGAAGGUGUCUGGGGAAAAGUUUGGACAUUUCACCAGAAAUCCUAAACAAUGAGUGGUACUACAGCCACAGUUCGCUGACGCAGGCUUGCCUGGCCGAGCUCACGACGAGCAACGGUGUGGAGAUGUGAGACAUGUUAACAUGAUCAGGAAUCCUUCCCGGGUUUGGCUCCACCAGGAAAGCGCCCCGUUCACACUCAGCUUCUUGGCCAGUGCAACUUGAAAACAUGGCUACUCUCUGAACUGAAAACCACUAGGGACAUAACUGAAACAGACGCCUGAGGCAAACCCACAGGAGCGAGGGGUGCUCUCCCAGACACAGCCCGUCACCCACAUCUCGAGCACACACCACCGCAUAGAUAUCACCAGCCCGGACGACUGUCAGCUCUCACUGACCUCACGCUGAGAGACUGCGAAGCCUGUGGGAGCCGCUGCCCCCUCCAGCCUGCCUUUGCCUGCUUCCUGCUUCCUGUCACUUCCGUCAGCACAGAGGGGGGCUUAGGGCGAGGAGUGGGAAUCUCACAGGUGAGUCCACCUGACCUCCAGCCUCUUUAAAGCAUCAAGACCAGUGGAGAGAAAGCAAUAACUCACCAAAGUUCAACACCCAUCCCCGAUAGCCAAGGGUUUUCAUUGUGUUCCUCAUUUUUGUCCCAGACAGUGAAGGCUUCUUCCUGCCUUUUCCAGGUCAGGCUUUCUCCAUCUGUCUGGGGGUACUUCAGAGGAACCUUGGAGGGCCUCCUCAAGGACACCCAGGGGGCCACUAAGAAACAACACUGGCGCAGGCAGGCACUGCCUUGUAGCAACGCAGGCACCCGAUUUUUUGGACAGCCUGGGUUCUUUCUAGAAUUGUCCACCUCUGCACUCUGUGAAAUAUGUCUUUGCUGUGAGCUGUGUUCUUCCAGGGAACUUGUGGCCUCGAGUCUGUGAAGCAACUAGGUGACUUCCAGCUGACAGCUGCUAGAACUCAAAAGGGCCAGAAAAGAGAUUGCUAUAACUUCCCCUUCUCCCUUUCCAGCUUUCCACCUGGCCUAUUCUCAGUCCACCCACCUCUCUCCUCCAAAACUGCUAGACCCCAGUAGGAGCCCUCGGAUGUGAUAAAAACAUUGCUGGGGAGGUGAGCAGACUUGCAGGCAUGCGUGAUUCCAGGGAGUCAACUGCACUGUGUCUGACUCAUCACUAGUGCCUGGGGUGUCCAGCCUGCCUGCAAAGGAGGCCACCUGGGAAGCAGGCUGCCUGGGAAGGAAAGCCAUCUGGGAAGGAGGCUGCCUGGGAAGGAGGCCAUCUGGGAAGGAAGGCCACCUGGAUGGAGGCCGCCUGGGAUGGAGGCCGCCUGGGAAGGAGGCCACCUGGGAAGAAGGCUGCCUGGGAAGGAGGCCGCCUGGGAAGGAGGCCAUCUGGGAAGGAAGGCCACCUGGGAAGGAAGCCACCUGGGAAGGAGGGCCUCCUGGGAAGGAAGGGCGCCUAGCAGUCUCUCCCCAUUUCUACCUGCUCUGAGCCCAGCUCACCCAGGCCUUCCUUCAUGUCGGUUAAGUCACUUUUGUUCCAUGUUUCAAUGUUAGUCUGCAUUCACCUUAAUUUAAAAAGAACUUUCUUUACAUCUGUGCAGCCUUCACGUGCCAAACUUGUGACAUACCUUUUGCCUUUUUUAGAGUACUUGCUACAAAGCCACCUGGCAGCAAGACCCAUUAAGUCCAGGCAGCAGUCAGGCCACAGGGCAGCUGGGGAGGCGGGAAGGAGCCAGUGAGGUCCCUGGGGCUGCUCCUGGCCGGGUACAUGUCUGCAUCCCUCACCCCAGCCCCGGGACACCUUGCAGUGCUGGGACAGCCCCCUUGCUGUCCUGCAGGACUCGAGCGUGUUCUCUCGCUGGUCACGUAGACCUUCUGUAAGAAAUGUACUGAAGCUGUCAUGUGCUGCCAGUAAUCUCUAUCCAGGAAGGCAGAGGCGAGGCACAGCACAAAGUCCUGUUCCUUGGUCUCUGAGCUCCAUCUGACGUGACAACUACAAAAACUAGUCCAGUAGAGACAGCACUGUCGCUUCAGCGAUCAGGACUAACUCAUCAUCCACUAGAAGAGAAGCUAGCGUGAGGACUGGGCUCUUGGGACCAAAGUCUGGCAGAUGUGAAGGAGGCUGUCUUGCCAACAAUCAGUGAGGUCUCAGCAAAGAGGUCCCACAGCUCUUCUCUCCCAGCAGCCUCAGGGUUGGGCUGAGCUCCUGUCCUGUUGCUGGUUCAGCUUAGGGAUUUCUGAAGCUCUUGAGGAAUGCCUUUACGAAACGGAGCCAAAGCAGAAAAGCUUCCGUGUGGGCUGAGCACUGGGAAAUCCCGUACCAAGUGAGCAAGGCAGCAGGGGGCCCACCGGAGCCUGAUCCAUCUCUGCAUGGGUGGGGGCUGAGGCCACCAGCUCCCUGGCACCUGUCAGUAGUGUUUGAACUCCUCGGUCCUGUUUCCUUCGUCGUUAGUGAGGAAACACUUCUCAGGCACCUGCUAUUCAAGUCCGCCCUCCCCAACACCUCCACCACCCCCACCCCCCACUGCCCGGGGAGACAUCCCAGGGUACGUGCUCCAGCUCUCCUCCUCCUCUGCCACCCACUCGUGCAUCCUGCUAUCCUAUCAGGGAGCUGUGAUCCCCUUUCAAUAAAAGUUAUGCACAAAUGUGAACACUUGAGACAGGGCUGGAUAUUUCAUUUUGUUCUUUUCCAGAAGUCAACAAGAACACCACAUGCACUAAAUAGCACCAAGACAAAUAGGAAACAGUUUUAAAUGCUUUGUUUUCUAAAAGAGUAUAAUCACUUUCAACUAGGGAAAAGGGGCUGGUAAGUUGGUUUCGCCACAGAACAGAAAGAGAGCAAAAAUAAACCUCGUAAAGGAAGUAAUUGCACUCAAACAUUACCACUUCCUAGAGCCAAACAAGAAAUGACUGAAGUGCCAUUAAAUGAAUCGUGUGACCAUCGCAUCGCCCAGCCCCUAGGUGGUGCGCAGGUGCACGCACAUGCUGGGGGAGCCCACACUUCAACUCUUUUAAAGGACACCUCACUUUAAUGUAUUGUGUGUUUUGGAAAAGCAGUACAGUGUGUUAUGUCUAGUGGGGAAUACUUCCCUCUGUCCUUCCUGCAACCCCAACAUUUGAGGUUUCUCUGUAAGAACCGUGUUACUGUACAUGUCGACCGGGAUUACUCUGGAGGUGCUCAUUCAUAGCACAAGCCUAAAUCGGGUUCUGAACUGUCGUUCAAAGCUAAACGUCUGCAUGAUGUCACAUCUGUUGUACCUUUGGGGAAAAUUUGUAUGUAAAUGUACAGAAAUAAAAAUGUUGCCCCAUUAACAAAUUUCCACUGGAAUGUCUUCCCUACCUCAUCUGAUGGUAUCCAAUGAAGGGCAUUUCACAACCAUUGACUACAAAGUAAUAAAAACUCUACCUGUUUAUGCA